UGGCAAGAUCCACAGUCUACACAAGUCAAAAAUCACUAAUCUCAAAGCAACGGCCACGCCGAGCCGCCGAGGGACGGAGAGAGAACGUGCUCGCCGUGGACCGCGCUGCCGCCGCGCUCACUACUCCCCUUCUCCUCCGCCUCCCCAGCCCGCGCGCUCUCCUGUAGGCUGUAGACGGUGACAGCGGAGCUUCCAGAAACCCCAGCCUAGGGUUUCUCCGCACCUGCCUCCCAUGGGGCCUCCCGUCCUCCUCCGCCUCCUCGUCGUCCUGGCGGCCGCCGCGACCGCGUCGGCGGCGGCGCGGCAGGAGGCGUUCCGCCGGGACCCCGGGCACCCGCAGUGGCAUCACGGCGCCUUCCACGACGUAGAGGACAGCGUCCGCGCCGACGUCCGCCGCAUCCUCCACACCCGCGCAGAGGUUCCAUUUCAAGUGCCUCUUGAGGUCAAUGUUGUUCUUAUUGGUUUCAAUGGAGAUGGAGGGUACAGAUACCCUUUGGAUGGGCACAAGCUCGAAGAAUUCCUAAAGCUGAGCUUCCCACUUCACAGGCCCUCUUGUUUUGAGACAGGGGAGCCAAUUGAUAUUGAGCAUCAUAUUAUGUACAACGUUAUAGCGGCUGGACAACCAGAGCUGAUUUCUCUUGAGAAGUCACUAAAGGAGGCAAUGCAACCUGCAGGAACUGCGAGAGAGAGUGAAUAUGGUCGGGAAUUCCCUCUGUUUGAGGUAGAAGCGACUACCGUUGAGCCGAUAUUUCAGAGGCUUUACUCAUUCAUUUUUGACAUGGAGCCUGGUUUUUCUGCAAAUGAGAUGGCUAGGCCUGUGCCUGUUGCAAUAUUUGUUGUUAAUUUUGAUAAGGUUAGAAUGGAUCCUCGGAACAAAGAUGUUGAUCUUGAUAGUUUAAUGUAUGGCACAAUUAGUGGACUAACAGAACAAGAGCUAAAAAAACAAGAAGCAGAUUACAUCUACCGGUACCGUUACCAUGGUGGUGGAGCAACUCAAGUCUGGCUGAGUUCUGGAAGAUUUGUUGUAAUAGAUCUUUCAGCAGGCCCUUGUACAUAUGGGAAAAUAGAAACCGAAGAAGGCAGUGUCAGUUAUAGGUCAAUGCCACGGCUAUCACAAAUAAUCUUCCCAAGAGGACUUGCUGCUCCAAGUGCUAGUUCAACACAAGAUAUUUUCAUUGGGCAGUUAGGCGGUUUAAUUGCAACUACCAUUGAGCAUGUAAUAGCUCCUGAUAUAAGAUUCGAAACUGUUGACAUGACAGUUAGGUUGCUUAUACCUAUUAUUGUGCUACAGAACCACAAUAGGUACAACAUUCUUCAAGCAGGCCAUAACUACAGCAUAGAUGUUCAAGCUAUGGAAAGGGAGGUUAAAAAGAUGGUCCAUCCCGGGCAGGAGGUAAUAAUAAUUUCUGGCUCGCAUGCACUGCACCAGCACGAAAAGUUAGCUGUUGCAGUUUCCAAAGCAAUGCGUAGCCAUUCUCUUCAUGAGACAAAGAGUGAUGGUCGAUUUCAUGUCUGUACCAAAACAUACUUGGAUGGAGCAAUACUCAAAGAGGAAAUGGAGCGCUCUGCUGAUGUGCUGUCUGCUGGUUUAUUAGAAGUUGCAAAUCCUUCUCUCUCAAGUAGAUUCUUCCUGAAGCAGCACUGGACAGAUGAACAUGAUGAUGUACAAGAUUCUAUUAAGCACAAACCCUUAUGGGAAUCUUACAUGCCCAGAAAUAAGAAAGAGAAGAGAGGAACCGGAAAGAAGAAACAUGGACAUCUUUACAGAACUUAUGGAACCAGAGUGAUUCCAGUUUUUGUAUUAUCAUUGGCCGAUGUCGAUGCUGAACUUCUCAUGGAAGAGGAAAGUCUUGUUUGGACAAGUAAAGAUGUUGUUAUUGUGCUUGAGCAUAACAAUGAAAAGAUUCCUCUAAGCUAUGUGUCAGAAACGACUAGGCAGUUUGCUCUUCCAUCUCUCGCGCAGCGCCACAUGUUGGCUGGUUUGGCUUCAGCAGUUGGAGGUCUGAGUGCACCGUAUGAAAGGGCAUCACAUAUUCAUGAAAGACCAAUAGUGAACUGGCUGUGGGCUGCAGGCUGUCAUCCUUUUGGGCCAUUCUCAAAUUCCUCCCAAAUCAGUCAAGUUCUUCAGGACGUUGCACUGAGAACUACAAUUUAUGCUCGAGUUGAUGCUGCUCUUCGCAAAAUAAGAGAGACAUCAGAGUUAGUUCAAUCUUUUGCAUCAGAGCAUCUGAAGACACCAUUAGGAGAACUUGUUAAAGGUAAUAAAAACAAGUCCAGCACUGAAUUAUGGGUAGAGAAAUUCUAUAAGAAGGUAACCACCCUGCCGGAGCCUUUCCCCCAUGAUCUUGUUGAACGGUUGGAAGAGUACCUGGAUAGAAUUGAAGGACAACUUGUGGACUUGUCUUCCUUACUGUAUGACCACCGUCUGGCGGAUGCAUAUCAAAACAGUUCCGACAUCCUGCAAAGCACUAUAUUUACACAACAGUAUGUAGAGCGUAUUCUCUCAAGCGAGAGAGACAAGAUGAAGUGCUGUAGCAUUGAAUAUAGUCAUCCAAAGCAGUCAUCCCAGGCUUUUGUCUAUGGAGGGAUCCUUCUGGCUGGAUUUCUUGUGUACUCACUGGUUAUUUUCUUCUCUUCACCAGUUCGCUAAUUCACCUACAACCAGAUGAAGAAAGUUGUGGAUUCUCUAUGGUGACUAGAGAGUUUUGAUGAUCAUUAAACAUGCGGCGGGCCGGCUGAUGGUAAGCAAGGUAUGUCUGGGCUGUCAAUCUGCACGAAGGCAUGAUCUGUCACUAUUGUGUGCAUUAGGGCCUCGGCACAGUUUUGCCUGAAUGUUUUUUUUUUCUAUACUGUCAUAAGCAGUAGGCAGCCCAGUAUGUGUAACUGACGUCUGUUCGUUACAAUCCAUAGGGGGCUUCACAUACGAGCGACGAGCUGUUGCGAGGGAUGUCAUGGAUUUUCCCUUGUUGCAACUUGUUACUGCACAUAAUAGUUUUGAUUAAAAACCUGAUUUAUUAAUAAAUCCCCCAACUUUAUGACGACUAGCCAGCAGAAGCGUCGUGGCCGCCCAUGAGUGCAACAGCAAGUUUCGUGUCAAAUAGGUCUGUACUUGGUAAGAUUUUUCGAAGCAUGCUCAAAAUUAUAAAACAUCAAUUCCCUUGAA